CCAGUUUUCUAUUUAGUCCUUGAUUUUGCUUUCUACUCGUCCGUGUCGUAGUGUCGUAGGAGUUCAAGCGGCGAAGCGCUACUGUAUUGGACUCGAGCCGGAGCUACGGGCAUAUGGUCAAUUGUAAGCGCAAGAAGAUAGAGGGAAGAGAGAGAAAAUGGAGGCCCUGAGAACCUCGUACGGGGACACUUACUCUGACUUAGACUCAGAUCCAGACUCCGAUCGAACCCCUCCACCACCCUCCAAUACCGAUCCCACCCAACCAUCGAACCUUCUCCCUCCGCCUCUUCUCUCCCUCCUCAACCCUCCCAAUUCCCUUGGUACAUUCGAUUAUUUGGAACAUGGUAUGGCUAGUCGGGUUCGGAGCUUUCCUCAUGGCGAGGGAAACUAUGCAUUACAUGUAUAUAUCCCAGUCAAUAUUCCACCAGCAACAAAGAAGGAGCUGGCCCAGUUUUUGAAGAGGGUCACGCCUCUUGUACCUGGUCUUCAUGUUGUCAAUGCUGAUGUCCCACUGAAUAAUCUGCUGAGGGACGAUCAAAAGCUUGAACAAGUUGCCUUCGAGAGGGAAUUCCACAUAAGUUUGGGGAGAACUGUACCAAUAAGAGUACAUCAAAAAGACUCCAUUCUGGCUAUGCUUCGCCAGAAGUUUCAGACUCAUAGUCGAUAUUGGAUUGACUUCAAUAAGUGGGAGGUUUUUGUCAAUGAUGAUCGCACACGCACCUUUCUUUCGAUAGAAGUUACAGCAGGAGGGUUAGCUGAGAUAACAAAGCAGAUUCAAGCUGUUAAUCGCAUUUACAAGCUUCAUAAUCUUCCUGAAUUUUACAAGGAUCCACGCCCCCAUAUAUCCAUAGCCUGGGCAUUAGGUGACAUUGGUGAUUUGCUGAAGAGAGUGGUUGCAGCAGAAAUGAAGAGAUUUAUUGUUGUUGAGGGAUCAUCCCAAAAACGUAUUUUUACCAGCAAAUUCAGCGGCAUUAAGUGUAGAAUAGGUAAUAAACAUCAUAAAAUAUGCAAAUUUCAGGAAGAAUAAUUGUAUGAUGAAUGAGAGAAGGGGAAAAGAUUAGAGCAAAAGGUAACUGCUCGCUGUAUAAAUAUGUAAUUCAAAAUCGGUUUGUGUCUGAUUGCCAAUUACCAAUUAGUAUAAGCUUUCAUUUCCUUUAAGAGAGUGAAAUAUGAUGAAGUUUGGUUUAGAUUUACCCUUGAAUUCAUGCAGCAGGGCUUUGUUUUUGGAGAAUUGAUAAUAUUGAAUCUCCCAAAUAAG